AUGUUAUCUAAUUCAUACAGUUUUACGCCUUACCUGUACUGCAGACGUAGUCACGGUCCCCACCAACCCCCAAAACUCCUCGAAUCAAAACCCGCGCCUGAUAACACUCCGAAUCCUCCAACACUCUCCCCUGUCAUCCCUCUCAUCAGCCCCUUAAACGCCCUCUCCAUCUCCAUCAGCACCGCUCCCAACCAUUUCCCUAGCCCUCCCCGUGCCUCCGCUGACCCUGCACCCGCGAGUAAAGACUCAGUUUCCGUCGGUGAGGCAGUUGAGAGUGGCGGCGGUGGUGGUGAUUUAGCGUACGGCACGUCGGGAAUCAAUAGCGUGGUUUGCAUCUUAUCGGAGGAAGACAUCGGACACGAUCCCACCGUACAGGUCGUUGGUGACCCAAACAGCAAGGUUCCUGUGUAUCGCUUCUCCCUCGGCGGAGAUAAUGCUCGUCUCUGGCAAACAGUCGAUGCUCUUUUCUGGUCCUCUAUCUCCUACACCGGCCGAGGGACUAGUGUCUGGGCCGUUCGGCAGGUUAACCCGGACACCGGGGAGCUGUUCGGCGAUGUGUUGAUCAUGAAGAAUGCAUGGCGUACGCAGAGGCGGACGCCAGAAUCCGGUAUCUAUGGCUCUGUGAAGGGCGAUCAUCCCGGCCUGGCAAAGUUUUUCGAUGGGAGAGACGUAUUCUAUCCUAGUCCUAGAGAUCAUGAAGCGAUCACGGUGUACGGCCUUCGAGGGUAUUCACCGGACAGUCACGGUCUCGAACGCCAUCUUCAUCGCCUUCUCUUGAAAUCGGUUGGUCAACCGCUUUGGAAAUACGAGUCCGAGCUGCAGCUUCUCAGAGGGUUGCGCGACGCUACUCUCGCUCAUCAGUUUUUGUCGGAGCAGGGAAUUCUCCACCGUGAUAUCUCGGCCGGUAAUGUGUGUUUGCUUCUGUUUUUAUACAUUCUCCUCAACAGGCUCCCUUCGCCCCCACCGGGCGGCGAAGGUUUCCUUUGCGACUUGGAACUCGCUCAUUUGGAUAAGCCCGAUGUUGAAUGGAAUACUGAGUACGUCAAGGUUGUCGAGGAGCACCCACCUCAGCUUCGGCGGGGGUGUUCCGCUCUAAAUGCACAGCCGCCCGUACCGAGGACCGUGUCGACGUCGAUGCCCAUGAAAAUGAGUGGCACAGUCGAACACGCAGACAUCAUCACCGGAACGGCUCAGUUCAUGGCAGCCGAGCUGCUGCUAGUGUCCAUGCACCGAAAAAAAUCCAAGGUCGAGCAUUUCCCGCAUGGCGUCCACCAUGAUCUCGAGUCCAUCAUUUGGGUCACUGCUUACGCGGUCAUGAAGCACAUUCACCUGCUCGUCUUGCAUGACCCGAACCUGUCCAAGUCAACGGAAGACGAGGAGGACUGGUACAAGGCCAUCCGGAGCGCAUUUGGCCACUUGACGCUCGAGAGCAUUUAUAAUUCCAGGACGGCAAAGGCCCCGUUGUUGUUCAUCGGUAGGCCAACGCUCAGGGCACCGAUCCACAAUGUUGUACGGAAUCACGUCUCGGAGACGAUGUGCAAACUACUUUACGGGUUUGUGCACUUGCUGGAGUUUCAACAUAUGCUGAUUUCAACCAACAUGACCUACAAUGACCUACUGGGUUUGUUCAAUACGGCGAUCGCGGAGCUCGAGGCCGCGGCGACUCCGUCGAAGGCAUAA